GCCCCAGAAGCCCCAGUGCAGGGAGAGCUCUGCUAAUAGGACCUGGUGGUGCCAGGGAGCAGCAGCAUCCCUGCUCCACUAUGUACGUGUCGGUCCCUGUGCAGGGACACUGACAACAUCCCAGGGUAGGGCUGCUGCUGCCAGCAGGUGACUGAAACAUCAGAAGGCCACACAUAGCAAAGACCAGAAGAGGACAAAGGGAAUGGAGGAGAGCAAAGCAAAGCAGGAUGCUUCCCACCCCCCACCCAGCCCCAAAGGCCGGGGAUCCCCAGCACAGCACAGCUCACAGCAGACCUUGGCCUCUCGCUUCGUCCCCUUUGUUGCCCACACUGGGGGCCAGGAACCUGACUCCUUCAAGUUCCUCUUCUACACACGGCACUGCUCCAACUCCUACAGCCCUUUCUACACCUCACAGCGGCCGACCUGUGGGUACCUCUUUCACCACGACACGGAUCACACCAAGAAGGUGAUGGACGUCCAGAGCGCUAACAUCAUGAAGUGGGGACCCAUCCCAACCGUGAUGCAGAGCAAUAAACCCAAGCAGUGAGAGCA